CAAGCCCCGCUCUUCGGCGAGCCGCUUCCCUGGUCUGAUUCUGGAGCUGCGGCCGGUCGCGAUGGGAAGCGGCGUCGGAGGGAACAAAGUUUGCAACAUUUGGGCACUCGGCUGCUCGCGGCCGUGAUGCUCGCGGUGGGAAUCGGUGCCUGAGGGAGCGGCAGCAGCCGGGCGGUCGGCACGCCCUGCUCUCUGCCGCCGAUGCCGCUAGCGCAAAGUUAUUUAGCGCUAUUUUCGUGUGCUAAAAUCCUGGAUUCUAAUUAUCAGCCCUCCCCGCCCCCACCUCUCCUCCUAGGUAGGCGACAAAUAUUUUUCUUCUGUGGAUCGCAGAACUUUUGGCGUGGAAAUUUACUGACUUCUGAGAGGUCACCGUUUCGGGGAAAGGGGGAAAGGAUUUGUUUUCAUCGCAGUUGAUUUUAUUUUAUUUUAUUUUGGAUCGCAGGAUUUUUGGAGCUAUAUGGAGCGAUCUCAGGAUGGUGUGCACCAGGAAAACCAAAACUUUAGUGUCCACUUGCGUGAUUUUGAGUGGAAUGACUAACAUCGUCUGCCUGCUGUACGUGGGCUGGGUCACCAACUACAUCGCCAGCGUUUAUGUGAAAGUGCAAGAGCCGAUCUCAGAAAAAAAGUUAGAGGAAAGCAAAGAGGACACUUUACGGAUUAUAGAAAGGCUGGACCAUUUGGAAAAUGUCAUCAAGCAGCACAUACAAGAAGCUCCACCAAAACCUGAAGAAAAUCCUGCUGAGGCAUUCACUGACUCAUCUCUCUUUGCUCAUUGGGGCCAGGAUCUCAGUCCUGAAAACAGACGUAUUGCACUUAAACAGUUCCAGUAUUACGGCUACAAUGCGUACCUGAGUGAUCGCCUGCCACUGGACAGGCGCCUGCCUGACCUUAGACCUAAUGGGUGCAGAAACCUUACGUUUCCUGACAGACUUCCUGAGGUCAGCAUUGUAUUCAUAUUUGUUAAUGAAGCUCUCUCAGUGAUUCUGCGCUCUAUUCAUUCCGCUAUUGACCGGACUCCAGCUCACCUGCUCAAAGAGAUUAUUUUAGUUGAUGAUAACAGUAAUAAUGAAGAACUCAAAGAGAAACUAAAGAAGUAUGUUGAUGAAGUGAAUGCCCGUAAGCCUGGUUUCAUCAAGGUUGUCCGACACAACAAACAAGAGGGGCUGAUUAGAUCUCGAGUCAGUGGAUGGAGAGUAGCCACAGCACCAGUAGUUGCUCUCUUUGAUGCCCAUGUGGAAUUCAAUGUGGGAUGGGCUGAACCAGUGCUCUCUAGGAUAAAGGAAAACAGAAAAAGGGUCAUUUCUCCAUCAUUUGAUAACAUUAAGUAUGAUAAUUUUGAAAUAGAAGAAUAUCCCCUCUCAGCACAAGGGUUUGACUGGGAGCUAUGGUGUCGUUACCUGAACCCCCCUAAGUCAUGGUGGAAACUGGAGAACACAACUGCUCCAAUAAGAAGUCCUGCAUUAAUUGGGUGCUUCAUAGUAGACCGAGAAUAUUUCCAAGAGAUUGGCUUACUAGAUGAAGGCAUGGAAGUAUAUGGAGGAGAGAAUGUGGAACUUGGAAUCAGGGUGUGGCAGUGUGGAGGAAGCGUUGAGGUUCUGCCUUGCUCCAGGAUUGCUCACAUUGAAAGAGCGCAUAAACCAUACACAGAAGAUCUAACUGCUCACGUUCGGAGAAAUGCACUGAGGGUGGCUGAAGUCUGGAUGGAUGAAUUUAAGAGCCAUGUCUAUAUGGCAUGGAAUGUACCCCAAGAGGACUCUGGAAUUGAUAUUGGUGAUAUUUCUGAGAGGAAGGCCCUGAGGAAGAAGCUUCAGUGCAAGACUUUUAGGUGGUAUCUUGUCAGUGUGUACCCAGAAAUGAGAAUGUAUUCAGAUACUGUCGCCUAUGGGGUGUUGCAGAAUUCCUUGAAAAAUGAUUUGUGCCUUGAUCAAGGACCAGACACAGAGAAUAUCCCAAUCAUGUAUAUCUGCCAUGGAAUGACACCACAGAAUGUUUAUUACACAAGCAAUCAGCAGCUCCAUGUGGGUGUUUUGAGUCCCACUAUUGACGAUGAUGACAACAGAUGCCUGGUGGAUGUGAACAGCAGGCCCAGGCUCAUUGAAUGCAAUUACGCCAAAGCCAAGAGAAUGAAGCUUUACUGGCAGUUUACUCAGGGAGGCCCAAUCCAGAACCGAAAAUCCAAGCGUUGCCUGGAACUGCAGGAAAACAAUGAAAAUGAAUUUGGAUUUCAACUCGUCCUCCAGAAAUGCACUGGACAACGCUGGUCUAUAACAAAUGUCUUGAAAAGCUUGUCAUCAUAACAGACUGCAUUUUUUUACCCAUUCCUUUUGCUACUGUGUAGCAAAUACUGAAUUGUUGCCUGCUGUACUGCGUUUCUUUCCUCCCUGUUCCUUCUCUCCUUUCUGUCCCUUUGAUUUUAUUCUGUGAGUGUGUGGAAAUUGGGUUUGUGAGCCGGAAACAGACAUUUUAUUUUACAAUUAUGUUUCCAUUGCAUUUAUAGAGGUGUUGAAUGAUAGGUGAUGGGUAGGCUAUCCUAAAGUAUUUUACAUCUGUAAAUAGAAAACAAAUGGAGAAUAUUUAUAACUCAAGCUUUUAUUGAAUAAAAAAACCCCAA